AUGGCAAAGAAGAACGGCAAGAAGUCAUCCAAGCAGGUGGAAGAGACGACCGCUCCACCUGACAGCGCACCAUUGCCACCACCUGCAGAGCCCCUCUCAGACGAGCCUGAAGGCAUAUCAUUGACAGCAGAAGCGCCAACAACUGUUGCGGACGAGGCCCAAGCGCCAUUAGACGCACAAGCCGCAGAGAUACCCUCCGAAGAACCAUCACAGACCGAGCAACGGACAUAUCCACUUGAGGCGGAGGUUGCCAAGCCAGUGGUUCUCGAACCUGUGGAAGAAGUACCCACUUCUGCACCUGCUGAGGAUCCGGAGGCCCUUCUGACGGAUCCAAGCGAACAGCUGUCGGCCAAUAACGCAAUAGUUGCGGCCGACGUCGAGCCACCUCCGAGCGAAGGGCAACCAGUGGUGAAUCAGGAAGAUUCAAGUCUGCAGCCAAUUGAACAUAGCGAAGUUCAAGUCGAAGACACCAAUCCAGUAAUCCAACUGACGGACGAAUCAACUCAACAACCACAAGAAACCCCUCCAGGGACAGAAUCACCAUCUGACAACCCACCGGAGAUUCUCACACAAGAAGACGUCAACGAUUUGGUACCAGCCCCUGUCAUUGAACAGCCUCGAGCCGGCCCUAGUUCCAGACGCAGAUCCUACCAUCAACACAGCAUCAGAGAAGCAACAGAAGCAACAGAAGCACCAGAAGCACCAGAAGCACCAGAAGCACCAGAAGCACCAGAAGCAACAGAAGCAACAGAAGCAACAGAAGCUCCAGAGGUUCCUGAAGCUCCAGAGGUUCCUGAAGUACCAGAGGCCCCUGAAGUACCAGAGGUUCCUGAAGUACCAGAGGUUCCAGAAGCUCCAGAGGUUCCAGAAGCUCCAGAGGUUCCAGAAGCUCCAGAGGUUCCAGAAGCUCCAGAGGUUCCUGAAGCUCCAGAGGUUCCUGAAGUACCAGAGGUUCCUGAAGUACAGGCAGCUUCUCAAGAACCAGAGAGCCCUAGGGUAGGAGACGCUACUGUAGUUCUUGAGACUCCAGAGACUCGAGAAGCAGUUGCUGCAGAUGCAGAUCAACCUACGGAAGAAGCUGCUGAACAGACGGAAGUGCAAGAAAGAGAAACAAAAGAAGACGCUGAGCUUGCACGAGCUGAGCACGAGAACAUCGAGCGAGAGAAGCAGGAUAGAAAAGAUCAGGAACAGAAGCUUGCCGAGGAAGAAGAGAUCAGGAGGGCUACUGAGGCCAUUGCUGAAGCCCAGAAAGCAAUCGAAGCCGAAGAGGCAAAGCGCCGUGAAGACUUCGAAAACCAAGAGUCUGAAAAGGAGCCACAGAACGGGCAGAAUGAUAACGUUGUAGCUGGGGAAGAGGAAGGACUACCCGAAGGUCAAGAAGAAAUAGUCAAGACAGCUGCUGGGGAGGACAAGCACACAGUCGAUCAAAUUUCUGAGCAAGAAAGACUCGAAGCCGAAGCGCGAACUGCUCUGGAGGCUGCGAAGAAGGCGAUCAAGGAAGCUGAAGAGGCUGAGGCGGCCCGGAUUGCUGCAGAAGAGGCCUUGCGUGAACCGCCCACUCUGGCUGCAAAUGAUGACACAAAACAUACUGUUGGAAGAGCAGACUUGGAGUCUAUAUCAUCUCCCAAUGCUUCAAACACGGCGAUAGGAGACAUGCAGAAGACCCACGCGAACGCUGUUCCAGAUAUCAAGGCACGCGAAUCAGCUCGUGUACUUUCACCGCAACCCCUGCGAGGUGCUGAGGUGGUCGAUGGAGCAAUGCAGCCAGCAAGCAUUCCAGCACCACCUGCAGUAGCCAGUCCACCUCCUUCCUGGUCAGACCCGAGGUUUUCAAACCGGAACCUAGAAUCGCCUCAUUCCAGGAGGGGUGAAGCGCCGAAACGAAGAUCACGGGAUUCAGAUCCGAUUCACGCACCGAGGCCGCAGGCCGUCACCCAACUGAUAGAAAACAACAGGCCGCCCGUUCCAAGCCCACCAAUGGGCAGAGCACAUCUUAGGCAAAAUUCGAUAUUCGAGUCUGAAGACGAGUCGGACUCAGCUCUAAUCCGGUCUAGGCGACAGUUUCGAGGCGGUGAGCCGCAUGACACUUCGCGUGGACCCACUUUGGGGUCUACGCCAGCGCAUCGUGGCGGGUUCGCCUCGCGAGUGCCCGUAGACCCGUCAUACGCCAACCCUCCACCGCCUCCUCCAGGCUAUCAUCCCAGAUACUAUGCACCGCCAGCCCCACCAUACUACCAGAAUCCUGGCCCUGGCAUGAGUCAGCCGGGCUAUCCAAAUCAUCAUCCUUAUGGCCCCUCCUCACACUCUUCCUCCUCUCCCUACCAAGAGUCGUGGAACCAGUACCCACCGGGGUAUCCUCCUUAUGGCAGUCCACCUCAGCGACAUGAUUCCUCAGGCUCAAGGGACUAUCCUGUGCAUGCUAUAGAAAACGUAUCUACAGACGAAGAUUCUGGUGACGUCUUUUCACGCAUCGCGCAGGCCAUCCCUGACUUGCAUGUUUUGCUGGCCAAGUACAAAGAGACACACAGUCAGCUAAGUGUGAGAGAAGACUUACUCCGCCGAGCAAGCGUAGAACAGGAAGCCAAGAUAAGAGCAAAGGAUGAGGAGAUCGAGGACUUGAAGGACGAGAUUGACAACUUCGAUCGCAAGCACUCUGCUGAGGUAGCUCAGCUUCGAUUCCAGAUUGAUAAUCUAAGAGAGCAAGUCAAGGAACUACGUGAGCUAAAAUACAAAACAGAAAGGGAGGUUCAAGACACCAGGAAAGUGCAAAACGCAGCAAUGAAGUCUUGGGAGGCCAAGUACAAGGAGCUGGAAGAUGCUCAUGCAAAGGCUUGGAAGGAGUUUGAAGACUGGAAGUCGACUACAAACACCAAGAACGAUGCCGAGAAAAUCGCCCUCGCUAUUCAGUUCGACAAGAAGCUGAAGGAGGCGGACAUCAUCGCAGAGAACCAACGACAGGAGGCUGCCGCAGUGUUUAUGCAAGAGAAGGAGGAGCUGCAAGCUGAGCAUCAAAGGCAACUGCGCGACCAUGAAGCUAUGCUUGAGCAGGUUCGCGCUGAGCUUGAGCAUAAGCUGGCUGUUGCUCAAAUCGAUCGCGAACAAGCUAUCGAGCAUGAGCGUCAAAGUCAAGAAGUCUGGAUCGCUGAGCGCGAACAUCUUACCAGGGCUCACCUGGAGGACCGCGAAAGUCUCCAGAAGGCCUGGCAAGAGCAGCGCGAUCUUCUGGAGCUUCAGUACCAGAAGGCCAAAGAUGAGUCUGAUGCUGCUUGGACCGCACUCCACGCCGAUGCUAUCAAGAAGGCUGAUGAGGAGAGGGCCCGAGCUGAUCAGCUGGCUAGAGAGAAUGAGGAACUGAUGACGCGCUUCAAUGCGCUGAAAGAAGAGAGUAAGAAAGAGAGGGAUGUCAUCAGGAGUGUUGCCAUGAAUAUUGAGUCGGAGAAGUCCCGCCUCGAGAAGCUCAUGGAGUGUUAUGGGGAUAUUGCGGAAAUCAAGAGUAAGGGUGAUUCAUACUAG